AAAAACCCGGAAGUAGGCUAAUUCGUUGACUAGCGCACUGAGCUAACUCAUUUCGUAUGCUACUGGAAGACAUGGGGGCUGUGUUUAACAGCCAACACUGACAGCACCUGCUUCUGGAAGUCCGCACACUGUCGGGGAAAAACAUUUGACUGCUAUUUUCAUCCAACGGUGCCAGGUCAGGCCUGAACAUGGAGUCCAUGCUGAACAAGCUAAAAAGCACCGUCACUAAAGUGACAGCAGAUGUCACCAGCGCCGUCAUGGGCAACCCGGUGACACGCGAGUUUGAGGUUGGACGACAUAUCGCCAGUGGGGGUCCUGGCCUGUGCUGGAGAAUCUACAAUGGCACCAAGAAGUCCACCAAGCAGGAAGUGGCAGUGUUUGUGUUUGAUAAGAAGAUGGUCGACAAGUAUCAGAAGUUUGAGAAGGACCAAAUCAUUGAUUCGCUGAAAAAGGGGGUGCAACAGCUGACCAGACUGCGUCACCCGCGUCUCCUGACUGUGCAGCAUCCUCUGGAAGAGUCACGAGACUGCCUGGCAUUCUGUACAGAGCCGGUGUUUGCGAGCCUGUCCAAUGUGCUGGGCCAGUGGGACAACCUGCCCUGCCCCGUGCCCAACGACAUCAAGGAGUACAAGCUCUUCGACGUGGAGAUCAAGUAUGGCUUGCUACAGAUGUCUGAGGGUAUGGCCUUUCUCCACAGUGGGGUGAAAAUGGUUCAUGGAAACCUGUGUCUCGAGAACAUCAUCCUCAACAAGAGUGGCGCAUGGAAGAUCAUGGGCUUUGACUUUAGCAUCUCCUCCACGAACCCCACAGAAGCUGAGCCUAAGUACACGUGUAAAGAAUGGGAGCCCAACCUUCCGCCCCUCUGCCUCCCCAACCCUGAAUACCUGGCCCCUGAGUAUAUCCUGUCCGUCAGCUGCGACUCUGCCUCUGACAUGUACUCGCUGGGUGUUGUCAUGCAUGCUAUCUUCAACGAGGGCAAGCCUGUUUUCCAAGUCAGCAAACAUGACAUAUUUAAGAGCUUCAGCAGGCAGCUGGACCAGCUGAGCACCAUGAGUCCAGCUGUGCUAAACAAAAUCCCUGAGGAUGUGCGGGAGCACGUCAAAAUGCUGCUAAGUGUCACGCCCAACGUCCGUCCUGAUGCUGACCAGAUGACCAAGAUGCCAUUUUUUGACGACGUGGGUGCCAUGACUCUUCAGUACUUUGACUCCCUCUUCCAAAGAGACAACCUUCAGAAGUCUCAGUUCUUUAAAGGCCUCCCCAAAGUGCUGCCCAAACUGCCUAAGAGAGUGGUGGUUUAUCGAAUCUUGCCGGCGUUGACCUCCGAGUUUGUCAACCCGGACAUGGUUCCCUUUGUGCUGCCUAACGUGCUGCUGAUCGCCGAGGACUGCACGAAAGAGGAGUACGUCCGCCUCAUCUUGCCUGACCUCACGCCCGUUUUCAAGCAGCAAGAGCCAGUUCAGGCUAGUAAUAUGAUCCUGCUGAUCUUCCUGCAGAAGAUGGACCUGCUGCUGACCAAAACACCCGAAGGGGACAUCAAGAACAGUGUGUUGCCUAUGGUCUACAGGGCUCUGGAAGCUCCCUCUGUACAGAUCCAGGAGCUGUGCCUGAACAUCAUUCCGACGUUUGCCAACCUGAUUGACUACCCGUCCAUGAAGAACUCCCUCAUCCCCAAAAUCAAAUCGGCCUGCCUACAGACCUCCUCAUUAGCUGUGCGAGUGAACUCUCUGGUGUGUCUGGGGAAAAUCCUGGAGUAUCUCGACAAGUGGUUUGUCAUCGACGAGAUUCUGCCCUUCCUGCAACAGAUCCCCUCAAGAGAACCAGCAGUCCUCAUGGGCAUUCUGGGAAUCUACAAAUGCACGUACAGCCACAAGAAGCUGGGCAUUCCCAAAGAGAACCUCGCUUCCAAGACCCUGCCCCACCUGGUCUCUCUGAGUAUAGACAACAACCUCAACCUGAAUCAGUUUAACUCAUUCAUGGUGGUUAUACGGGAGAUGCUGAGUCGCAUGGAGGCUGAGCACAAGACCAAGCUGGAGCAGCUGCACCUCAUGCAGGCGCAGCAGAGGAGCAUAAACAUUACAAACUCAGGGAACCAAUCAGAGGAAAUCAAGAGCCCACCAAGCUCUGGCAGCCAGAUUGACGAUAUCUUCGGCAGCACGGGGGUUAACGGGAAAGAGAACGGGUCUGCGGCGACCGCCUCGCAGCCUAAUCGAAUGUCGCUGACUUUAGAGGAGAAACAGAGGUUGGCCAAGGAGCAGGAGCAAGCAGUCAAACUGAGGAACCAGCAACCGUUAGCACCACAGUCGAUCAGACCGGCCGCCUCCACCAACUCUCAGACUAAGGAUCUGACCAGUAGCCUUCUCAGCAGCAUGACAUCCCUAAACAACCUAUCCAUGGCCAACACUGCACGACCAGCUCCGGCACAGGGCACCACCAUCGCUGCCUUCCCCACCUCCGGCCCCAUGGUUGGCUCUAUGGGCGCCCCAGUCUCCAAUGGCUUCAAUCCACCCAUGGGCUUCCAGACGGCGGGCAUGGGGAUGGGCAUGCGUGCCGCUGGCCCCGGCCUCUACGGCGGCAUGGCCACCACCAGCAGCACGCCAAACUUUGGCACAAUCUCACAGAACCACGCGUCCGUCGGACAGACACACAGAGCCACGGACAUGUCAGCCUUGGACAAUCUUUUUACAUCCAGCAAACCCAAAGCCACCCUCAACCAACUGGCUCCCGCAGCGACGCCUGGAGCCAAUUCCCCGUGGCUCAGUCAGUAUGGUUCAGGCCAGAACCCUCAGACUCAGAUGCAGGGGGUGGGAGGGGCGCCCGCCGCUGGGUUUGGGAUGCAAGCGAACCCGUUUUUCAGCCCGCAGAACUUUUCCCAACCCACCGCGGCCCCCCCGAAUAUGAAACACGGCGCGUCCGUCACCAGUGACCUGAAAGACUUGUUUGGCUAAGUCGAACAAAAAAAAAAAAAGACGACGGUUUCAUGUCUGUUGUUUGGACAGAAGAGCCUCGAGUUCUCACAGAAAGAAAAGAUUUAUUGAAUGUGAAGAUGUGAAAAAUCCUUUCAACGAUUGUCGCCAUCUGUGUUUUUAAAUCGGGUUCAAAAUUUGACUCUCGCUCACAUUCUGCUGCAUUUCCAUCUGCGAUUAACCGGAGAGACAGAAAUGUUUGCGUCUGGAACUUCUUCUAAACUGUGUUCUUUUAAAUGCUGGGCGUUUCCCUAUCUGAGCGUAGUAUCUCUUACCCUUGCAACACGAUUAUUCUCAUUGUAGGUUCAUUUCUUGGGUUUGUUCUUAGUUAAACAAAUAGUUUUGAUAGUUUUUUUUUUUUUUCCCCUUAACCCUCAAAAGUUAUGUUUUUCCGUGGACAUCGACGUGACUAUGAUUGUUCAGCCCUAAUCUGAACAGAUUUGCUUGAAAACAAACAAAUAACAGCAUACACCAAAACAAAGGUGGACAGCGAAGCGAACGACCCCUCUGCAGUCUGUCUCCAUGGUAACUGUGUCUCUAAAGCUGCUUCUAGUGCCGUGAAUCUCGCUCUUUUUCCAUUACAUUUAGUUCGAUAUUAUAGACUGUGCAUAAAAAGGUUUGAAAUUUGAUCGCAGUCUCCCGGUUAGAAAAUGGAAGCGACCAGGCUUGCUGUUAGAAAGAUACCAGUUGUCGGUCGCGCUCGUAUUUGCUGUAUUUCGUCAUCUACUUUGUUCUAAAUGGGGACACGGCUUACAAAAGUGGACACGUUUGAUGGAGAAAAGCUGGAACUUGGAGAUUGAGACCAUAAUUUCCUCAGGAAGAUGUCGGCGGACAUUUAUAAAUCAAGUGGGAAGAAGAAGAAGAGGCUUAUUUUCCCGUAGACUAUCAUUCAAACUUCUGACUGUUCCUUUUUUUCAGCAGAGUUGCCCCCUGGUGGCUAUUUCUGUAUUCUUACUUCCAGAUUCUCCUGGAAAAGUUGCAAAGUAGAAGACUAUGAAGAGUAAUGUUUUUUACAUCUGUCUCUUUAGGAAGUCUAUGGUAAAAAGAUUCUACUUCUCCCUUAAUUUAACAUUGUAAAAUAUGGGAGUUUACCUGCAUAAAAACUCUUGAAACUUGGCAUGGAGGUCAGGUGUGGGGGCGAAAAUGUGAUAUUGGCAUAGUUCGCGGACCUGCCUGUUGCUCAAGGGCUCUAUGGCGUCCUCUCCCCCAAAGGUCAAAAUUGACAAAAUUGGCAAAAUUGAGUUCCACUGAAUUUCGCGAACUUGGUGGGAAGAUGUUAUAAACCAAGACGAACGCUCAUCUGUUUCUCAAGUAUUAAUAUGUUCCCUGUCAAUCAACUGUUUGGCAUUUCCUUUAUUUUUUUGUUUUGCCGUGCGUUACUGAACUUCACCGCUGCUGUGUUUGUGACCAGGGGCGUUUUUUUUUUUUUUUUUGCUGCGCACGUCGGGCUCGUCGCCGCUCAAACAGACCGCGUAACCAUUUCUGUUGAUUUGUACAGUCGAAGGAGAUCUCGUUCUAUUGUUUUCAUUUCAGCUGUCACGGGGACCAGUGCUGGCAACAUAUUGUGAAGUGUAAAUAUUUAGUUUGUUUAUUUAAAAUCUAUUGCCCUGUGGAUUUUUUUUUUAUAAUGUUCUGGCGACAAUGGUAAAGAGGCCUUAGGUGAGUCAUGUGCAAUAAUCCUUGUUGGUAGAUUUUGAUUGGCAUCCCUUCAUCUCCGCUAACCUACGGAGACUUUACACGUCUUGCUGAUUUUUGACAACUCUGUGGUUCACACAAAGAAUUUUAACGUCUUUUAUUGGUCCUUCCUCUUCAGCAGCAUGGCUGUUAAGCUUUUGUCAUUCAUUUUGCAAUUUUUGGUCAUACAGGAAUCCAUGUGAUCUGGUCAUUAUUGUUCGUAGAUCAACGCGCAACGUUGCACAUUUUAAUUUUCUUCGGAGUACAUUACCCUGGCAGAACCCCAAAGCAGAAAACAAAAUUCUUAUUCUUCUACUGACUUGUUUGUAUACUACUUCUGUCUUCUGUGUGUUGUGUGUGUGGCCUGUGUUUUGUGUGUUGAGGUGCUCGUCUCUGCAGGGGGUUGAAUCUGUACAUAUAAAGGAAAGUACACAAUCUAA